AUCAAACGAGAGCUACCAUGACAGUUGUUGGGCUGCUUCGCAUUGGUAGUGGUAACAAUAUGGCGUCAUGUCAUUUUUAGUUCAAAGUUUUUUGUGAUGCGUAUUAUGGAAGAGAGAAAUCGUGUUUUUUUCCACAUUUUUACGCAAAAUUUCACAAUAAAACCACUUUAAAGUAUUGUUUCUUUGAUUCCAACGCAAAUUUACAAUUGAUAACAUAAAAUUAUCGAAGAAAUUUUUCGGAUUUACGUGAUUUUCAAGACUAUCCGAAAUUUCACAAUAUUGCGUGUUAAAGAAUUGUUGUUUGUUCAAGCAAAUCAAGUGCAUCCAUUGAAAUGGGUCAACGACGGUGUUGUGUUGCUGAAUGCAAAUCGGCAUCACAUUUGCCCGAGCACAGUGAUGUGAAAUUUCAUGCGUUUCCAACGAAUGACGUUGCCCGAAAUAUGUGGCUGAAAAAUUGUCACAUCGAACAAAAUCGAUCGAUAACCAAAAGUAACGUCGUAUGCUCGCGUCACUUUCUUGAAACCGAUUAUCAGGCACCAAAAAAUGGUCGACGAUUACUCAAUUCAAAUGCAGUACCGACUAUUUUCGCAUGGGGUAAUCAAAAAUCGUUUGCAGAACAUUUGGCCGAAGCACAACAAUCAAGCCCAACGCUAGAUACAUCAACCAAAGGAGGAAACACAGAUAAAGUGACAAAAACACCGAGUGACACCACUACACCGGUGGGUAAAUCGAAAAAGAUGAUUUCACGGUCGCAAGCAAACAGUGCGGCCGAAAAACAAAGAUCGGCCAGCGCUGAAGAACAAUCAACGGGUGAUUCAAAUACAAAAGUUAAUGUAGCAAGAAAGUCAUUGGAUUCAGUUGCAACACCAGAGAAAUCAACGGGAAAAGACAAUGCUAUUAAGUCGCCGAGUAAAAAGUUUGAUAUUGCGAUGCAAUUGACACCCGGAGCCAAAGUCGAAGUACAGGAUAUGAGCGGAAGUUGGCAUAAUGCCAGCGUUGCUGAGGUGGAUCAGGGCGAACAAGAGGUUUUGAUUAAUUUCGAGAAAAAUGUUAAGGCCAAGGGAGCAGGCGGAUUCAAACUAAGCGAUGAAUGGAUAGCAAUGGAUAGCAGCCGAUUGCGAAUUCCCGUUCCGAUUCAAUUCAAAGAAGGUGAUCGUUGUUUGGCUCGAUGGACUGAUUCAAGGAAGUUCCCAGCAACUGUUCUUCGGCCGUUGGAAAACAACAAAUACGAAGUGCUCUUCGAUGACGGUUACAUCAAGCAUGUAAAAGGAAUUCACAUGUCGAAAAUUAAGCGACCGGCAAAUGACAAAGCACCGACAGAUUCACCAGCAACGCCAGUCAUACCGAUUCCACCGGUUCAAGCCAUCAUUAAAAAACCAUUCAAAGUCAAUACAAUCCCGAAGUUUGACGUCAGCAAAUUUAAUUUGCCUGAAAUACCAGAAGGUGAAUGGUGUUGCCCGUGGAUAAACGACACACCAAUUGGUGAUGAAGGAUUCUUGCUGAAUGCGGAUGGCACGAAACGGCCAACCGUUCUAGUGCAAGACAACCGUUUGCCGACUGGCUGGACAAAGCAUUUGUAUCAGCGAUCGAGUACAUCUGGCAAAUGGGAUGUUGUGCUUGUCGGUCCAAACAACAAGCGCUUCCGAUCAAAAAACGACGUUAAAGUUUACUUGGAAGAAAUCGGACAAUCGUAUAACCCGGACAUUUACGAUUUUAGCAUUCACAAACGUCGUGCAAAAGAUAUUGGUGUAUAUGUUUACACGGAUGACUAUGUGCCGCCGGUUGUCCAAAAGCCAUCGUCCGAUUUCAAACUAGAUUCAAGUCUGGAUGCAUCAUUCCAAGACUUUAAACAAGAGCCAUUCACUGGAUUCGCACCGAAUGAAUCGACAUCGUCAAUUCUGUCAAAGAUUACACAAGAAAUCAAAGCCGAAACCAGCACACCAAUAAAAACCGAAGCAAAUGCAUCGUUGGAAGAAGGAUUCAUCUAUGUUGGCGCAUUGAAAGUUCAACUGAUUGAUAAUUUGUUCCAGUGCCCGAAAGAAGGGUGUGUCAAAACUUUUCGCAAAGAGAACCAUUUGCAAAUCCAUGUAAAACACUAUCAUCAUGAGUUGUCAGAGCAACUGGGCGCUUGUCCAAAUAUGACUGAAUUGGCUUACUUCCGUACAAUGCACUCAUCCAUCGAGGAACCAUCGCCGAAAAAUCAAAUUCCCAAUGCACAAUUCUUUGAGAAGUCAUUCACAGCGGAAAUGCGAACGAUUCGAAAGUCCAUCUCGCCGACACGCGUGAAAAUCGAACCGAAAUCCGAAGAUCAAUCGACGCCAUUGCCAGCAGCGGCUGGAGAACAAGCGAAUGAAGGACUGAAACGAAAGUUAAGCACAAGUCAAAUGAGCCCAGAGGUUAAAGAGAAACGCAAACCAUCGGCAAAUGAUAAGGUUACUUCACCGGAGGCUUCUGCAAAAUUCAGUACAAUCAAAGAGAUUGUUGUUUUUGAUGAAAUCGAAAUGGGCUCAUCGGCAGCUUCAGUGAAGAAACCAGAAGGAAGUGUUGCAGCUGAUUCAAAACCGACAGCUCAAAAGGCGGCAAUUCCGCGAUUCAAAAUCGGUCAUGCGGCCAAAAUCAAGGCGAACAAAGUUUCGCGACGCAAAGGCAAGACGUUCAAGAAGAAAUUCAAGAAAUUGGGCAAAGGAUUCAAACGAAAGGCGUUUGAAAUUCGUGUACCGCUAUUGCGUGAAGGUGACGCAUUGCCUGGCAUUCGUCGUACCGGUGGUAGUUCAAGCUUUGGGACAAUUCCGGCUCAAUCACGACCAAAUCGAUUGAAAUUUUUACAGUACUCAUCUACCGACUCCAAUUCGGAGAAUUCAACAAUGGAUCCGAAUUUCCAGCAGCGUUCCGCAUCGAGUUACAUCAACGAAAACGGUGAAGUAAUCAAAAUCGUGCGAAUGCGUCAAGAGGAAAUUAUCAAUUGCCUGUGUUCGUAUGGCGAAGAGGAUGGUUUAAUGAUUCAGUGUGAAUUGUGCUUGUGCUGGCAACACGGCGGAUGCAACGGCAUCGAAAAAGAAAGCGAAGUGCCGGAAAAGUAUGUGUGCUACAUUUGCCGGAAUCCGGAUAGAGCUCGCGAAUCGAUGCGAUACAUUCAUGAUCAGGAAUGGUUGUACGAAGGUAAAUUGUUCCAUGCAAAUUAUCACCCAGCAAGUCGUCAAGCCCCAUUACGCUUCGACAUUCUCAAGCAAAGCCACACACUAACCGGCAAUCUGUUGGAGCUGAAACGCUCGUUGCAUAGUUUGAAUGUGAAGAUAAACAUUGCCGCAAAUAAAGAUCAUCCGAAAAUGUAUUUGUGGUCAAAGAAAUGGGAACAAAGUCCACCGAGAAAUAUUGAAUCGAUUGCCGAAGCAAAAGUUGAAUUAAAACCCGUUGAGCAAGUGCAAAAUAGCCCAGUUUCGGAAGCUAAAAAUGAAAUUGCGACUUCUGAAACGAGCACAAAAAGUGCUGAUCGUGAAAAUAACGUGGCGAAAGGUGAUGGAACCGAGCAGACGACAUCAAACGAAACAACGCAACAAGAGAAAAAUGGGGCAACUGAAACUGCUACGGAUAAAAAUACUAAGCAGGAAGUAAAAGAGGCAACACAUCAACCGCCGAAACAGACACUUUCACCGAAAAAAGUGGCUCGACCAACGCCAAACAUCCCUGAACCAGAAGCAGCCAUCGACUCGCUUGAAUGUCAACAUCGUCUCUUGGAACACAUUCAGAAGGUACAGAACACGAUUCUCUCACGAAUGCAAACCAUCGAUGCACAGAUCAUGGCAUUGGAAUCGAUGGAUGAUCAUCCGGAUACGAAUUCAAAAACAGACUUCACCAAAACAAGUCAAACCAUACGCAUGCUACUUACCGAUUUGGCCAAAAUGCAAAAACUCUCCGCGAUCAAUGAACAAACAGCGCUGUACAAUUCGGUUGAACCUACUCAUUUUGUAUGAAUACAUUUUUAUUCAAAUGAUCCAAAGUUGAUUUAUUACAUUUCUCAGAAGAAUGUCCCAAAUUUUAUUAUGCUUUAAGUAAAGAGAAAUAAAUUCCAUGAAUUUACAAAAAAAAAAAAAAA